AUGCCAUAUCUAAGACGUAUUCUACUACUGUGUCUAUUUAGCGGUGUUCUCGGGGCCGUGGAACAGCGCUGUGAUUUGAUUGGCUCCCUCCAGUGUCUCAUGACUUUCUCCUCAUCACACAAGUUCCAGGUCUCGUCUUACGCUGGCGAUUACGAUGUCAACCCCGGAAAGCUCGUCACAGAAAUGUGCACGAAGCUGGAACACCUGUACCUGUGUGUGGGGGACCGGAUGUUGGGGUGCGCCCCACAGUACCGGCUGAUGUACGAGACCGCUGUCUCUUCCGGGAGGUUCGUCUGUAAUGACGGCAAGCAAGGUUUUAUAGACAACUUCCGGUGCCUCGUUUCCAACAGCAUCAGAAACAGCUCCAUCAGUUGUGGCGGGAAAAUCCUCACUGUCAUCCAGAAAAUUUUCUCCAGUCCUGCGUCUGUUCUACCCGACCUAGCGUCCAAAGCAGACGAGCUGUGCAUCAAAUCCAACGACACGUUGAAGUGUGUGAUAGAGCGGACCACGGCAGAGUGCGGGGCUGGAGCCGCCGCCUAUGUACAGCGCUACAUGGACACCUCCAUCUCACCCCUCAAGUCAUUCUUCGCAUGCACUGACAACCAACCUUACAUAUAUCAAACUGGAGUUAACACUCAAACUAAAUGGAGGGACAUACAGACAACCAGACAGGGCCAACUGAUACCGGCUGUAUCACCGGAAGUUACCGCUUACACACAACAACCAAAACCACACCCAGAGCCGUUUCCGAAACCCAUCCGAAUGAAAGCAAACGCAGUGAACUUUGAUUUAACUGCGAUUCCGAUAAAUUCGUUACAAGAACCAGUUGGUGAACCAGAAAAAUACUCACCAGAACCAGUUGGUGAACCAAAAGUGUCCCUACCUGGACUUGUUAGUGAACCAAAAGUGUUCCCUCCUGAACCAGUUGGUGAACCAGAAAAAUCCUCACCAGAACCACUUAGUGAACUAGAAAAAUCUUUACCUGAGCCAGUUAAUGAGACAGAAAAAAUCUUUCAAGAACCAGUUGGUGUUCCAGAAGAAUCCUUAGUAGAACCAAUUGGUGAACCAGAAAAAUCCUCACCAGAACCAGUUGGUGAACCAGAAGAAUCCUUACUAGAACCAGUUGGUGAACCAGAAAAAUCCUCACCUGAACCAGUUGGUGAACCAGAAAAUUCCUCACCUGAACCAGUUGGUGAACCAGAAAAAUCCUCAUCAGAGCCAGUUGGUGAGCCAGAAGAAUCCUUACUAGAACCAGUUGGAGAACCAGAGCCAGUUGGUGAACCAGAAAAAUCCUCACCUGAACCAGUUGGUGAACCAGAAAAAUCCUCACCUGAACCAGUUGGUGAACCAGAAAAAUCCUUAUCAGAACCAGUUGGUGAGCCGGAAACCUUGCCAAAUACGAUGAUAGUGAACCAAAAACCUCAACCGGUGGCAAUCAACUUACCAAAUGGUCCUAAACAGUCUCAGUCAGAGCCUGAGAGAAGAGACUCUAAGGUCAGUGAACCAGUUCUACUCACGUCGACAACUACCACAAUUGCCCCGAUUAUUAUAGCCGGAACAGGAAGAACAUGUAGAAAAUACUGCUUCCGGUACCGUACUUUGAGCCGUUUCACGAGUCAAGAGAAGGAGGAAUACGACGCACUUUGCGACCGUAUGUGUCAGAUGGGUCGGUGUAUGACCACUGUGUGUAGUGCGGAGUGUGGUUGUCCCCGGAAACUGGUAUGUAGUUACACCGGGUCCCGGAGGAGAUGGGCCGGGGACCACUGGUGUAACAACCUAUGUAGACAGGGCUCCGCCCUCUGUCGACAGACCCAGUGUAACUGUCGAUACGACUAAUGGGAUAGACCCCUAUACUGUAGACAGACCCAGUGUAACUGUCGAUACGACUAAUAGUAUAGGCACAUAUACUGUAGACAGACCCAUUGUAACUGUCGAUACGACUAAUUGUAUAGAAACAUAUACUGUAGACAGACCCAGUGUAACUGUCGAUACGACUAAUUGUAUAGACAGAUAUACUGUAGACAGACCCAGUGUAACUGUCGAUACGACUAAUUGUAUAGACACAUAUACUGUAGACAGACCCAGUGUAACUGUCGAUACGACUAAUUGUAUAGACACAUAUACUGUAGACGGACCCAGUGCAACUGUCGAUACGACUAAUUGUAUAGACACAUAUACUGUAGACAGACCCAGUGUAACUGUCGAUACGACUAAUUGUAUAGACACAUAUACUGUAGACAGACCCAGUGUAACUGUCGAUACGACUAAUUGUAUAGACACAUAUACUGUAGACAGACCCAGUGCAACUGUCGAUACGACUAAUUGUAUAGACACAUAUACUGUAGACAGACCCAGUGCAACUGUCGAUACGACUAAUUGUAUAGACACAUAUACUGUAGACAGACCCAGUGUAACUGUCGAUACGACUAAUUGUAUAGACACAUAUACUGUAGACAGACCCAGUGUAACUGUCGAUACGACUAAUUGUAUAGACACAUAUACUGUAGACGGACCCAGUGUAACUGUCGAUACGACUAAUUGUAUAGACACAUAUACUGUAGACAGACCCAGUGUAACUGUCGAAACUGUGCAUAAGGACGACUGUGAUAUCCAGAACUG